UUCCUAGGUUUCAUCACAAAGUAAGAACCCAUUUAAGCUUCGCUAACCUAAGGUUCAUAAUUUAAUAAAAGUUCCAAAAACUUAUAAACCAAGAUUUUCAAAUGGUUCGACUGGAAACAUUUCUCUUCCUUCUCACUGUCACUCUAGUAUUUGGACAGGAUGCAGAGUACGACUCUAUGGGCUACUCUGUGCGCAAUCUGGAAAAGGAAUAUGGGGAAAAGGAGACCCUUCGCGUCUUCCAGGAGGGAAGGAUCGAGGACAGGAUCCCCUCCUACAUAAAAGAGCUCUAUUCCAAGAACAGGACGGAGGGGGAGGAGACGAAGCAAAUUUAUGACGAGCUACAAGCCGAACUUGGCGAGAACAGGGAGGCCAACGAGGCGUGGACCGUGGUCGCGAGGGGGAAGGCAGCCAGCAUGAAGGACGUUCUUGACGCCUCCUUCCGGCUCGAUGCCACAUUUGGUGAGGUCAAUGGAAUCGUUUCCCGUGAGAAACGAGGUUUUUGGCGUUGGGUUAGGAGAAACUGGAGAAAAAUUGUUCGUGUCGUUGUUACAAUUGGAUCAGCUCUAUUGCAGAAUUCAAGAAACCAAUAUUCGAUGGGCUGAUUUUAAAAUUACAUUCUGGAAUAAUUUUGACAUGAAAUAAUUAAUUUUUUUUGAUCGAAUUAAAACUUAUAUGCUAAUUUCCCUUCUUAAAGUUGUCAUGCUAUGACAAAUAAGUAUGUAUGUAUGUAUAAGGGCCAACUGUUUAAAAAAUAAGUAUGUUAACUCAAAAUUUAUGCUAUUUAAAAUUGGAAAAAUUAUUCAUAAUGUAGAUAUUUAGAUUUGGCAAUAAAUUUUUGUUGUCUUAUUAUGCAGCAUUCAUUAUA